AGGGCAGCAGAUAUUAGCAACCGUAUCCCAGCAGCUAGAUUUACGAAACAGAAGAAGACAACCAGGAAGCGUCCGAAAAUAAUAGGUCAGGAAAAUGGCUACCGGAGUGGAUCAAGCAGCAGGCAUGAGUCUUAUUGUCUUCAGCCUCAUGCUGUUUACCUACUAUUCGAUCUGGGUCAUCGUUCUGCCUUUCAUGGACAGUGAUCAUGUAUUACACAAAUAUUUUCUACCACGGGAAUACUCGGUCAUUCUGCCUGGUAUCGCAGCUGUACUACUGCUCCUCUGUAUAGGGGCCUUUACCGCUGUCGUCCUUUGGAAGAAUCAGAAACCCAAAAAAGUGAACUAAUCUCAAAAUGGGACUGCUGUUGAUGAAAUACGAGUGUGGAACUGUAAAUUUCUCAGAUCAUUCCCUUUAUUUUCUGCCAGUGGCGCCUCCAUAGAUCACCCACCAAACACGUAUUUUUGUAAGUAAACAAAUAAUCCAAAACUAAACUUGAGUUUUAAUCCCUUUUGGAUCCAAAUGGACAGCUGCUGUUGAAAAACAAGGACAUCUCAGUAGAAUCAUGACCCAUCAAGCAAUAUUCAGCUGUCUUUUCUUUACUAUAAAUAUGAGUUUUGUUUACCCUUUCGGCUGAAUUAAAUAAUGUAUUGACGACUUCUGUCGGAAUGGUUGCUUUUGACGGUCCAGAUCAAGGAUGGGCAAUUGGCAGCCUGCUGGUUGC